GGCAGUAUUGAUCCAAAACAUUGGGGAUUGCGCAUGUGUAGUCUAAUCAACAUGGCGGCCUUCAGGACAGCGUUAACACGGAUAUCAUGGAAAGAUGUACAUUUUGCUCCUGUACGGUCCUUGCUGACGCACAGUGCCCUGUGUUCCGGGUUAUCAGCUGCUCACAGGAGGCCUCUGGAUGUGCCUCCUGCCUCCUCUAUGUGCAGCUCCUCCAGACCCGUUCAGCAGAGCUCCCCUCCAAAGCAGAACCCAAAGGUCACAGUGCACGAAGAGGAGGAGGAGGAAGGGCCCGAGUACAUCCCCAAAAGAAAAGCCAAAAAUCCAAUGAUGAAAAUUGGAUAUGCCUGGAUGAUCGGCCUCCCAACUGGAAUCCUCACCUUCAUUUUGGCUAAGAGACAAGUCGACAAGAACAGACUGAAGCAACUGAAGAUCCGUCAGAGGAUGAGGCAGUCGAAUGAAGGCGAGUUUGAUGGGAGUCGAUACCAGCGGCACACUGGAAGUUAAAAUGGAGGGGGACUACAUGUAUAAUGUAAAUACUGUGCAUAGUUAAUAAUACAAUCUAAAAUAAAGUAUGUUGAGAAAAUCCAA